UAGAGGUUGAGUAUUUUUGUGUUUAUUUGUUUGAUAGUAAUUAUAUUUAAUUAUUAUCAUAGUAUUUAUUAAUUGUCAUUAAAUUAGACAUAGAGAUCAUGACAGAUGAACGUAAUUUUCGUUCUUCUUACUAUGAAAAAGUAGGCUUUCGAAGUGUUGAAGAAAAAAAAUCAUUAGAAAUAUUAUUAAAAGAACGACCAUUUGACAAGGCGAAAUUAAAACAAUUUUGUCUUCGAUUUACUGUACCUGCAAUACAUAGAAAUUUUUUAUGGAAGAUAUUACUUGGAAUAACUCCAAUUUAUCCAGAAAGUCAUGAAUUUGUUACUAAGCAAAGAAAAAAAGAGUUUAACGAUUUAAAAAAUGCACUAAAAGUUACAAGAAUUAUUGAUGAAAAUGCAAAAUCGCAUCAAAUUUUAUUAACAAUGUGGUUAUUAAGAACACGUCGAGUUAAGAUGGAUAUUAAUGCUCAAUUGGAUACACCUCUAUUGAGAGCAAUGAGCAGGAUGUCUGAAAGUCUUUGGCAUAUCAUGGAGGGCGAUGGCGAAUAUGAAAAUAUGAUAGAUAUUUAUUGGUUACUUGAUGGAUUUUUGGAUCACGUAGAAAAAUUUCAUAAUGAUGGAAGGUUAAUAGAAUGUACUUCCACACUUCUUGAGAAAGAAGAUCCUUGUCUUUAUAAACAUUUAUUAAAAUUUGAAACUUUCAAUCACAUUCCGUUUGAUCGAUGGUUUGGAUCGUGUUUUGCUGGAACGAUAAGUGAUAGAUCUCUCCCAAAAAUUUGGGAUAAAAUUGCAGUUGGAGCUUACAAAAUUUUGGCGUUUAUUGCUGCCGUUAUUUUCAUGACUCUUAGGAGACUGCUUUUAAAUUGUGACAACAUAAAUCGUGUUUUAGAAACUAUUUCAAAUAUAAACGAAGAAACAUCUGAAGUAAUAGUCAAUAAAGCAAUUGAAUUAUGGCAACAAAGCGGAUCAGGACUUGUGACAAUGUCACCUAAUACAAUUUGCACUUUAAAUACGUGACUGAGUUUAAAAUCAAGUUUCCAUAGCUAAUAAUUCAGGGUUCAAAUAAUUUUUAUACUAAUUGAAUUUGUAAAUAAAUAAGAUAAUUAUAAGGAUGAAAAAUGACUAAUAA